AGUUGUGUUUAUUGCAUUGUGCGUAUAAGGAGAUACUAUAGUAAAGGAUGCAACCACAUACACUAUAGUCAGUGUGGACUUUAGACAUGAUGAACUAGCAUCAUAAAUGAGUCAUAGACUGUAAUCUAGACAGCACAAGCAGGUUCAGUUACAGUUGGGAACAUGCAUCCUACACAGAUCCUCCUUCAGCCACCACCAACCUGUGUUUAACACACCUGCACCUUCAAAUAAUUGACUUUUCUGCUGUUUUACCUAACCCAGCCAUGACUGGGAAGCACUGAGGCACCUCAGCACCUCAGCACACUGCCCUCGGUCGGUGAGAAUCCUCACUGCAUGCGGGCAGAGCAGUAUAGCAGCGCUCUCUGGCUCCUCUCAUCUCAUUCUCUAGAAGAUGGCGGACUGCGCUUCACUGUUAGAUGAGGAGCUCUCUUCAUUUGUCUUCAAUUACUUGACUGAAAACUCCGGCAGCCAGUAUGGGGAAGAGGAGGUCUGCUCAGACCGCCUGGAUGCUGACUUCCCAGACUUUGACCUCUCGCAGCUGGACGCCAGUGAUUUUGACUCAGUGAACUGCCUCAGUGAGCUGCAUUGGUGCAACGAGCACUCAGAUCACUCCCCUGCCUCCAUACAGUACAGCGGCGGAGACCCAGAGCUAUUCGAGGAAGAAAAUGCGGCACUGCUCGCUGCCCUCACAGACAGCCUGGACGGCAUUCCUGAGGACGGAGUCGGGGGUCUGUCUGUGUUCCCUUCGCUGGGGGACGACCCUGAGGAGGGAGAGGAGGAGGAAGAUGACCUCCCUUUGGACAGUGAGCCCCUCCUUGGCUCAUUGAGCCCAGAGACAGAAGACCCAUCUCUACUUAAAAAGCUCCUGUUGUCGCCCCCUAAUGUGCCUGCGGGCCUCGAUUCGCACAAAGACGUGCAUCGCCAUAGCAGCAGGAGCCAACACGUCAAACCCGUGAGGCCCGUGCUAAAGAAGGACAAAUCAAGCACACAGGAGCGUAAGCCACGGCCGGCGAGGCCCUCCGGUCGUCUUUGCACUGAACUCCACCGUCACCUCACCACCGCGCAGGAGGCUGAGGAUGCACCCUCCGUCGACACAGAGGAAGAGGAGGAGGAGGAGGAAGAAGAAGAGGACAGUGACUCGGAGGAGGAAGAGGAGGAGUCGUCCGGCAGCGAGGGCGAGAGCAUGGUGUGCGUCGAGCCGGCGAAGCCCCAGUUCUCCUCGGAGAAAGAACUGCACUCUGUAGUGGAGCUCAUCAAAUACAUGCACACGUACUGCCUGCCCAUACGCAAACAGGCCAGCUGGGAUCGCAAAGAGCGUAAGGCCAAGCCCGAGAGCUCGCAGGUCCCCCGCAACCUUCCUGUGAACCCUCAGAAACUGGCUCCCCAGACCAGGCCGAGGGCUCCUUUCACUCGCCGCAGGGAAAUCAAAGCCCACUCCCUGCUCAAGGAGCUUCUAGAGGCCGUCAGCUCCUUUGACGUAAGCAAGCCUUACAGAAUGCACAGCCCCCCUUAUAUCCACUGCAGAGGGGCCGCGGCUCGGCUUAGCGCUGAGCUUUCUUCCUCUCCCAAAGCCGAACCGAAAGACUCAGACUGCGAGAGCUCGCAGAAGGCCGCAAAGCGCCCCAAGAGCCCUGAGCCAGAGGAAGGCUCCUUUUCGGUCAGGCGUUCUCGCCGGCUGGCCUCCUUCCCCAGCCGAUUCGCUAAGAGAGUGCGUGUGAACUGCGACCGCUCGGAGCCCAGUGUUGGGCAAUCGAGUGAAGAGGAGAAUGCGGUCAAACAUGCUCCUGCUGAGCCUCCUUCUGAUAGCAGCCAGAAGAGCAGCUCCCACAAGACAUCUGAGGCCCGUAGCCCCUGCUGCAGUGAUGAGAAACGCUCCUGCCUCUGUCUGCCGCUGGCGUCCAAAUCCAACGGAGACGCGCAGUAUGCCAACAAGCCCUUUGAGCAGACUCUCUCUGUGGAACUGUGUGGCACAGCAGGCCUGACUCCCCCCACCACACCCCCCCAUAAACCAGUGGAGGACGAGCUCUUCAAACCCGACGGAAAAGCUGAGCUCACCACCAAGAGCUCGUGCCUGGCGCGGGCGCACAUACGCAAGCUCCCAGAGCAGACGGAGCUGUACGCCCAGCUGCGCCGGAUGGGCCAAACGGGCGACACGGACACUAAGGGCGGGACACAACGGGCGUACGGGGACCACGAUUACUGCCUGUUGGAUCAGGGAGAGAAUUGCAUGAUGACGACGGUAGCGGCACUCGGCUCUCAGUGCCGUGUGGUGGUGCAUGAGGAGGAGAUGGCUGUGAAGGACGGGGAGAUGGAGGGACAGGAGGAGAGGCUCCUAACGAAUUGCCAGCAAAGGACUGAGGCUGAUUCGCCCGUGGCGUUGUUCUCGCACAGUCCAGAGCAGACCAGUCAGCCCUCACCUGUCCGCUCUCCCACCCCGGAGCUGGAUGCCCAGUCCCCAGUUUCCUGUUCGCCCCCCUCCCCCGGCGGCAAACUCCCCUUCAGCGAUGAGAACUCUGAGACAUGCCACGGAGCAGCUGAAAAAAGAAGCAAGACAAAGUGUGGACAAGAGAAUGAUGUGAACAAGUGCCAAGUGAUCUACAUUCACAACCUUCCGAGCAGCGUCACUCAGUCCAUGCUGCGCAAGCGCUUUGAGGCCUUCGGUCGUCCGGAGGACUGUAAAGUGGUCAUCAAAAAUGAGGAGCGUUGUGGGGUGAUCACGCUGAGACCGGCUCAGAACGGCCAGACCUCACGGCACAGGUGGGACUCGCUCGGUCCGAGCGGAGGGAGCGGUGGCCGGCGGUUCGGCAGGAAGCGUUACAUAGAUCUGGAUGAGGCGGGUCCCGGUCCGGUGAAGAGCAAGUAUGAUGCACUGGACUUUGACGCUCUGCUGAAAGAGGCCCAGAGAAGCCUGCAUCGCUGACACGCGCCUUACCACGCCUCCAGCGUCACGCCCCGUCCGAGACUCGCCUCAGCACCUCAAACAAGGCACUUCUUCAUGUUUACAUUUUGAACAUUGGAAUAAAAAAAUAGACCUUGUCGCUUCUAAAUGAGGAUUGGAGGACAAUGGGGCGGGAGGAUUACAAAGGAACAGAAUCAGCUCUGAGACACCGGACACAAGUGCUGCUUCUUGUGUGUGUUUGAUGCCAUUCAUGACGUCGUGAGCGGCUCGGGCUUCGUAGCAAACCGCACUCUUUUCCAUCGGUUGUUGUGAUGUGCGUGUGCUUUUUUUUUUUAAUUUGUACCCCUUUGUCACUCUUCAUAGACCUGCAAGGUGCUUUCACCAUUUUGUUGUACAAAUAUAUAAACAAGCUUUGUAUUAGCGAAAUUUUGUGGAUGUUCAACUCUGUGUGUGUGUGUUACGAUGGAUUAAAAGUGGAUUUAAAAAAACACAAACAAAAAAAAUCCUACAAGGUAGAGUUUACAAAUCAAUAAGUCAAGAAAAAAGUAGUCUUUUUGUAAUUUUAGUGCUUCCUUGAUUUCAUCUAUGCACUCAAACGAGGUAGUGCUUCUUUGGUCUGGCCUCUGCCCUCCUCUGGGUUUGAAGGGGCUUUUGCUGCUGGCUGUCAGACACAACUCGACUGUUCUACUUUAAAGCUGAAGUGUGUCAUUUUUUAAAUGUUAAAAUACUCCUAUCCCAGCUAAAAGCUGUUCAAGUAAACAGAUGUAUCAAAACAUUGAUCUGUUUGUUUGAGCAGCCUGACACAGCCAAUGGUGUGAGUUUCGGGGCGGGGCUUUCUGUUUGGCUGACCAAUUGACCCUUCGCAAUGAGUUUGAUUGACAGGCGACCUGACCAAUCAGAAUGUCAAAUCAUAAUGCCAUUUUUAUCUGAAACAAACCAGAGUAGAUUAAUGUUGGUGGACAUGAACUUGAAAAAUGGCGUGUAUUGACGUUUUGCCACGUUUGAAGCAAAAUACCUUCUGGUGUUCAUACAUGUUUAUUUCAUGCUAUAACUAGUAGAGGAAGAGACGAUCGUUUCACAUGCCACUUGAACUGUGGUGCAACAUCGAUUUGUCACGACACAUUAGAGAGCAACAAAAUGGUAUUUAUUGUUUGUAUUUCUUUUAAAAAAAUGACCUGAUUUGAAAGCUGAGACUUUUGUUUAAUACCUAAAGUAACCUGCUCUGUCUCUGUCAGUGUCCUCUUUUCUCCGUGAUGUAUUUUUCACUCCGUGAGAACAUGAUGAGCGGCAUGGCUUGUCAGACAUAGCUACAGCAAUGGGCGAAGGGUCAAUUGGAAACCUGUUUGAAAACAGUCAUGUGCAGAAAUACACACUUCAUCUUUAACUCGUACUUGUCAGAACGUGACCCGAUCCGGAUUAGAAUCCCAAUCUGAGGGAAACGUAUUUCGAGAAUGUAUCCAUCACAAAUGCGAUUGUACCGCUCGUCCUAUCGGUCUCGAUUCGACAGUACAGUGGAGCGGUUCGACUCUCCCAGUAGCACAGCCCUGCCAGACAUCCAGGCGGUUGACGCAUUGGAGCGCUGCUGAGAGAAGGGUGGCGGUAAACUAGGAGGAAGAUCUUUCCAGAGCUCAAUCUCAUUAGAGAUACGGUCGUAUCUCUGCUUUGUUUACAUGUCACUCUCUCAUACUCUUUCUCUCUAUAAGCUCAAACACUCUUUUUUUACUGUCUCCUUUCCGACAGGGGAAGAUCUGCGGGUUUUUUCUAGCUCUUACCUUGUGGCUACUUCUCUCUUUGUCCUUCGUGUGUGUUUUUUGGAGUCUAAACGUGUUCUAGUGUAUAACUGCGUGUCGUCCGUGUCUUUUACGGGGUCUAGGGAUGGGUCCGUCCCUUAUUAUAUGCCGGGACCCGUUGCUUUUGUUCUGCGGGGGUCUCCUCCAACCUUCGGCCUGUGGAUCUAGUGCAGUUGUGAGCGAGUGUGUGCGUGUAUGGGAGCGCCGGCAGCCUCUCUUUACCCCCCUUUAUCCAGAAACACACCCCAAACCUGAAUGUUUACAUGACUGAAUUCUCUUUCGACUUUUACUAGAGCGCACACUAAGUACAGAACGCCUUAUUCAGUGUUUAAGUACCCUAUCAGGACGUGCCUUUCGGCUUUCCCUUUUACGGUACUGAGCUGUUACGUGGACACGGCCUCUGAAUAUUACAGCUGCUUUCGACCAAUUCGCCCUAUACGAUCUUAAACUGAAUGAGUGUUUGUGCUUAGUAUGUAUACUACUAAAUAAGCAAGAGAUGUGCUGGUUUACAUGAUUAUAUAUAUAGAUAUAUAUAUGGAGAAGUAUAUAAUGUGUAUAUAGCACUGUGUCUUGUGUAAACAUGAGAUGUAUGGUUAUGUGCUGUACAGCGAUGUGGUAACGUGUGGCUCUGAUUGGUUGUUGGUGAACCCGACGAUGCAGCGUUAAGCAAUACAGGGAGAUCCAGAAGGGAAUUUUCAUUGAUAUGGCUUCAUAAGUCAAACUCAGUUGUAUAAAGUGUCCCUUUAGAAAUGGUUCUUUUAACUUUAAUAUGUUUUUGUUUUUUAUGCAAUUGAGAUGCAAUACCGCUAAGAAAGCCUUCCUCAUAAUGGAAGGAUUUAUUGAAGAGAUUGGUUGUUUUAAGGGUAAUCAGAUCCUGUACUGUACGUUGCAGACGGCUCAGAUGGUUCGACAAAAAAGCUGGCCGAAAGGGACUUUUUUAUUAGGAAAAUACACAGACAGCCCAAUCUCACAGGGAGAGCCUUAAACCUUAGGGGAAAACAAAGCUAUCAGUCCUGUCUGAUCUCCUUUACAAUCCAACGUGUUUUCUUUACUGAAGCAAGUAAACUUUUUCAAUACAGCCAUAUUAUAAAAGGUAUAUACAUAUAUAUGAUUAUAUAUAUACAUAUAUAUAUAUUUGUGUGUUUGUGUAGAUAAAUAUAUAGAUGAUAUAAUUUGUUAUAGACCAUUUUAUUCAGUGUUUCAGAACACUUCAAUACAUUUCAACACUGUCAAUCUAGAAUGUACAGAUCCAAAUUAAAAAUAAUAAUAAAAAAGGUUAAAAAAAAAAAGAAAAAAAAAAAAAAAAUCCAAAGGGAACCUUCUUCAAUGCAAUACAUUUUUCCAGCCCUCAUUUUAGCAAUCGCUAGACAAGUUGACCAAAAAGUACAUUUGAUGUUUGGAUACAUGAGAAUUGCGGUAUCCAAAUCCAUUUCAAGAAUGUCAUGAUCGUUUGGUUUGGCCGUGUGUGUGUGUGUGUGUGUGUGUGUGUGAGCGUGCGUUUGUGUGAGCGUGCGUGUGAUUUCUUCCUCUUUUAUUUUUUUUCUUAGUUUAUACAAAAUGUCACUUUUAAUUCACUACAUCUACGGCCCUGCAAUUUGUUUUUCACAAAGUACAUGCUCUUGCAAGAUUGGAGAGAAUUUUCUUCUUGAAUCAGCAGUGAUCAUAUUCGGGGAAAGUUUAUAUUGUGCGCUAAACCUUGAAUCAUGUUUAUCAAGAAGUGGAUCUAGCGUUUGUGUCAUUAUGGUGCCAGAGCAUCACAUCCAUGUCACAUUGUGUUGCUGCUUCAAGACCUCCUCUUUUGUGGAAACAAAAUCUGAGUCAAAGGGCAUACAUUGUUUUCUUCAUUGUCUCAUUUUUUUUUUUUUUUAACUAUUUACAUCUAAUGACUAUCAAAUUCGCUAUGAUUUUCCUUUUUUAACGUAGUUUUUGGUAAAUACUGCUAGUAAGAUUUUAUAUUUUUACAUAUGUUUUGAGUUUUUUUUUUUAUUUAUAUGCCACUUAGCUUGGAUGUCUUGAAAUGGUGUUGGUUUUAUUUUAAAAAAAUUUCUUCUUCUCGGUAUUGUGUGAUUUUCAUACAUCUUGAGAAUGUGGAGACAAAUGCAUUUCAGUAUUUUUAAAUUGUUAAAAUCUAGUUUCCUAGCUCAAAUCUAUAUAGUGGAAAUUAUUUGAUGUCAUAAAUUAUAUUUUAAUUCAUGUAAAUAGUUUAAAAAAAGCAGAUGAUGGCUUCCUUUUAAACUGAACACAUUUCUCUUCCGAGAUUGUUUACAUUAUUAAACUGUAGAAACUGAUCCUCAUAUACUGUAAAAAAAGUACAUAUAUUCAUUGUUUUGCCUCCAAAAAAUAAAAUCCAUAAUGAACAACA